CCGGAUGUGACUCAGAAGCAGUUCAGCCCAGAGCGGAGUCUGACUUCUCGGAAGUUACAAAUAGUGACAGUAAAGAUUAAAAUACUGUCAUUUCCAGGCAGAGAAGUGUUAAAGUACUUUCUCUGUCACGUUGGGUCCUUCAAUCUAAUGGCGUAUCCAAAUUACGGCGGGGUUGGCGCCCCGAUGCCGGGGGUCAUGGGAGGAAUGCCCCACCAGGGAGGAAUGCCCCACCAGGGAGGAAUGCCCCACCAGGGAGGAAUGCCACCCCACGGAGGAAUGCCCCCCCAGGGAGGUUACCCCCAGGGAGGAAUGCCCCCCCAGGGAGGUUACCCCCAGGGAGGUUACCCAGGGGUGUACGGGGCCCCACCCCCCCCUGCCAACGACCCCAUGUGGGGUUACUUCACCGCUGUAGCUGGACAGGAUGGAGAGGUUGAUGCAGAAGAGCUCCAGCGGUGUCUGACCCAGGCCGGUUUCACUGGCAGCUACACUCCCUUCAGCUUGGAGACGUGCAAGAUCAUGAUCGCAAGGCUUGAUAAAGACUUUACAGGCAAGAUGGGCUUCAAUGAGUUCAAGGAGUUGUUUGUGGCCCUGAACGGCUGGAAGCAGAACUUCAUGAUGUUUGACCAGGACCGCAGUGGAACCGUUGAACCUCACGAGCUGUCGCAGGCGCUCGGUGCCAUGGGCUACCGCCUGAGCCCUCCGACCCUGAAUGCCGUCAUAAAGCGCUACAACAAAGGGGGCAGGAUCUUCUUCGAUGACUACGUGGCGUGCUGUGUCAAACUGCAAGCUCUCACAGAGAGCUUCAAACGGAGGGACGUCACACAUAUGGGAUCCGUCACCUUCCAGUACGAUGAUUUCAUCCAGUGCACGCUGGCCAUUUAAUCGUCCCCGUCUCCCGACCAGAGGCCGGGGCCUCAGUGCCAGUCAGUCACCCUGCAGGGAGUCAAAGGGCCGUCCGUUUAUUAGCCAGACGGGCCACCAACCACAACAGGGAUGUACUUAUGCUUGUAAUUCUUCUGAUUUAUCUUUGUGAUCUGUGCCACAGUCAAGUUCACACAAUCAUAUAUGCAUGCUGUGUGGAAGAUUGAACUUUUCACUGCUUUUAAAGCCUUUUGUGAGGAAGAUUUCUGACCUUUACAAUUAAAUCCAUAAAUAUUGCAGGUGCUUUACCAACUAUUUUUACUAGCAGCAUUAUUACUCUGCAGGAUGUUGUGACACGUGAUGUGCCAUUGUCGUCUCUUAAAUGUUAACAUGUCAUCUCUUAUAUGUAUAAUGUGCCUCAGUAUCAUGAGUUACCACUGAAUGUAACAGCAGUUGAACUGUUUUCUUCUCGUUUUCAUUUUAUACUUCUGUUUUUAACAUGCACUUAAACCUUUUCUGCAAUAGUUAAGCUCUAAAAAUAGAGCUUGUUAACUUCUAAAAAACUGAGUUGAUGCACGAUAUUGGAUGAGUAAACUCUUUCCAAACCAAGCCAUGUUCUGAUCCUUCCAAUAAACACAUUUUGUAAUCGGUA